CAUCAACAAAUUGACAGUUUCAAUAAAAUUUUCGCAUUAUUCAUCAAAUUCCAGGAAAGCCACCUUCACAUCAGUUUCCUCGCAAAAAUGACUUCCACUGAUAUUUUCACUGGCAUCUCUGACACCCGGAACUCAAAACCAGAAGAGCCCACAGCCUGUGAAACUGUCGCCAAAGACAGCUCGAAGCAAAACAUCACCUCCACCGAAACCCCUGAAUCGAAGGAGUCACACGAAAAAGAAACAGCUACCGAAAAUGAGGGGGUCAAGGAAGAGGUCAAGAAAGAGCCAAAACCGACACCUCGACGCACUCGAAUUCCUCCAGGAGGGUACUCUUCUGGGCUGUGGUAACUGCCACCUGAACAAUCCACUGUUCUGGAAGGGUGAAUAAAUUUGGAACCAGUUUUAGCUAUGUUACAUAUUUUUACGGCAUGUUUGUAAUUUCGGGCAAUAAUAAAGCUGAUCAUCAUCUUUUGUA